AUGCUCACCCCCUAUCAAGUGGUGGUGGUGUCCGCUGAUCACGGCAAUGCCAUGGUGCAUUGUGGACCUCCUGCCAAACAGCAACUCCUUCUCCUGGCCCAUGAUACCAAUUACGAUAUCAUCACCAAGUUGAAUGCCUAUUUUGGGGUCAUUUUGGUUUGCAAUGCUGAAAAGGCUACAAGACCAAGGAAGGAAGUUCCCACCUACCCAAGUAACAAGAAGGAGUUGCCAUCAGUGAAACAGAAGUUACGCAAAGACUGCCAGAAUGCACAGUUACGGGCAGUAGAGCUGUUCAAAAAACAUUUUAACGAGAUGAAAUGCAGACUUUUCCCUACUACAGCCUUACACUUUGAAACUGAUAAUUGA